AUGGCAAGUCCCUUGUCGCCACUCGACUCGCAACAGCUCAACUCGCGCACACCGGCGACGGCGGUGCGUGAAGACAAGAUGGCCACCAACAGCGUUGCUGCCACUCGUUGCAGAACGUCGACUCCCACCAAACAAACACACGAAGAAUCCAUCAUCAACUGGGACGACGAAGACGUUGGAAGCUCGCCCUUUGUCGCCGAAGCAGACAAUCGCGCCGCAAGCAACAACUUGGCCCAAGUCCAAGUCGGGCCUGAGGUUGACGCCAUCUUCGAAGACGCAGCAGACCCGUCCGACACUCAGUUCUUCGAGACCGAAGACAAGAAAGCUUCGACCUUUUCCAUGUCUUCGAUUGGCGAGAAAGAAAACACUGUCGCUCUUGAUCACCACAACGACGACAAGGAGCACAAGACGCCAAAAACGGCAACCACACCAGAGCCCUCGAGGAGGUCCAUGUCUCCUCUGAAGCCAAAGUCAACCAUCAAGAAGAGACGCAGCAGCACCUUCGAAGAAGACACUGCGCAAAAGCCACCACCUUCGACUCGAAAGACUCUGCGCUUCAACUCUCCCCUCAAGGCCAGCUCGCCCGUCAAGCAGAUCGACUUUGCUUCCGCAACGCCUCUGCCUCACAGCCGCGACCCUUCAUCCCCUGAUAACAUUGACGACUCCAUCAUGAUCCACGAUGUUGACGAGACUGGCGUCGACGACACUUGCUUCAGCACCUUUUCUGCUGUCCCUGACAUGACCAUGUUUGCAAAGCUGGGCGACCGCAGAAGCCCCCUCAAGCAAUCCAUCCAACAGACGCCACAGAGCGAACAAGCUACACCACGACCCAUCCGACGACGAGCCUCCGACGAACGAUCUCCUUCCCCUACGCCUCGCAGACCCAGAACCCCUGGCACUGCUCAAUCAAACACAAUCAACCUCAUCGACUUUACCCAGCAAAUCGAACGCUUCGCACACGCCUCCGACCGCGGACAUGUCCAACAGACUCCAUCUCGUCGCUCUCCUCAAAAAUCUUCCACAGAGCCCAAUCUCCUCUCAUACCUCAACCAACAACGCUCGCCCGGCAAGGGCGCCAGGAUGAGCACUCCUGCAAAGUCCACCAGUCUGCUCAAUCUGCUCGACUUUGAACUGCCCCCAGCGCCUACUCCUCGUUCCAUUCCUACCAUUACCGUUCGCGAGCUCGAAUCCAUGAAGUCGCAAUACCAGUCUCAGAUCUCGUCUCUCAAGGCCACCCUCUCUGGCAGAGAAGCCGAAGUUGACUCGUUGAAGAAGGCUGUAGGAGAUGCCGAAAGACGUGUCGGGGAGGCUUUGGAGAACCUCCGAGAAGAGAAGGGCCAGCGCGAGCAGAUUGAGCAUGAGAAGAACCAAUGGGAACAACGUGGUGUCGAGUUUGAGCAUCUCCUCCAAAACGUCAGACAGGAAGUCAUGCGCAGUGACGAAGAGAAGGAAUCAUUGAUCCGUCGUGCGGAAGAGAGCGAACGCUUGACUGAAAAGCAACAAACCCGCGCAGACGAGGCAGAGUCCAAAGUCCUGGAUCUAGAGGCUCAACUCGCAACUGCUCGUGCUGCGAUCCCUAAGAAUGAUGGUUCAGGCAACAUGAUCGAUGAAGCACAAAUCCAACACCUGGUUCAACAACAAAUCGACGCAAAGGUCGAAGCCGUGUCUCGCGAACUCCACGCCGUCUACAAGAAGAAACACGAGACCAAGGUCGCAACCCUGAAAAAGUCCUACGAAGCACGCGGAGAAAAGAAGUGUGCCGAACUCCAAACCCGGCUCGACGAGCUCACCAAGCACAACGAAGAACUCGCAGCUGCUGCAAACAACAAUGUCGAGUCAUCCAUGAUGUUUACAGCCGACGAUCGCAGAGUCAUGGAAGAAGCAAACUCGACCAUUGAAGAACAACGCGCCCACCUCGCCAACCUCGACCGCCAACUCCAAGUCAUGCGCAACGAACAAGCAGACCUCAUCCGCGAACUUGAAAAAGAGCGUGUUGAAAAGGGCGAGCUUGUCGCUGCUGUUGAUGAAAUGCUGCUUUUACAGUCUUCGGCUCCCGAUGGCAAUACGGCAGCCAUCGAAGAUUUCAGACGCAGUAUCAGUCGUCCUGCUCCUCCGCCUCAUGCGAGUGUUCCUGCGUUCAGAGAGCAACCGUCCGCGCCCGCUCCUGUGCAGAGUAGGAUUGGAAGGGGUAUGCCUAGACCGUCGGGGAUAGCGUCCAAGAGCAAGAUGAUGAGCAAUAUCGAGCGCAUGGGCAAUUUGCCCAAGCAUUGA